AUGAAUAAUGACCCCUAUGGUCAUUUGUUUUUCAAUUGUCAGCACACAAUCAACUUCAUAAACCACGACAAAUUAAAAUAUUUUAUAUAUAAAAAUUGCAAUGGAAACAAAAACUGGUCACUAACAAAAAACCAAACAACAAAAUUAUACACACUCAUUUAUAAACCACAAAUAAACAACAAAGCAUUUAAACCAGAUCCAACUAUCAAUAUUAAUUUUCAUUUUGCAAAAAAUGCACAAUAUAAAAAAUACAGGUUCAACUGGAAUUAUAUAAACACAAAUCUUGAUCUAGUCAAAACACAUGCAUAUUGGAACAUAAUCUCAUUAGUUAUUCACCAAAUAUGGAUAUGGUUAUGCAAAUCAUUAUUUGACAUCAAUAUAACUCAAUCAAUUGAUAAUUGGAACAACCAAAUAAACAACACAACAUUAGAUUAUGAUAUAUUAAAAUCAAAAUGGCACAAGCUAAAAAGAUUGGAAUAUUCAAGAACAUUAUCAAACUUUAACCAAUACUCAAUUAAAAACAACCUCACAAAAACUCAAAAAGAAACCCAAUGGUCCGAAACAAUCAAAAAAUUUAAAAAAGAAUGGAGCAUAAACACUAAUGAACCAAUUCCAACAAUUACACCACCAAUUAAUUAUUAA